UUUUUUUUUUCUUGAAGACGCCGCAGGCAGCACAGCCCGUCGCGAACUGUCCAUUGAGUUCGAUCUGCUGCUUUUGUCACAUAUUUUCCGGCAGCAGCUCAAUCGCAGACUUCAAAAUGGCAUUCAAGGGCGCCAAGAUUGGCGAUAAGCGCAAAGCUUCCAACGGCGAGAAGCACAAGUCAACCAAUCCCUCCAAGAAGCCGCGGGUCGCAUCCAGUCGGCAGCCCUUCCAGGCCGAAGGGUCCUCCGAGGACGAUAACGUGAAGGGGUUCGCCCCCCUAUCUGACGACGAAGAUGAAGAUGAGGGCGGCGCCAAAGUGAACCCGGACAGGGUUGAGAGGAUCAAGGGCCUCGAGAGGGGCAAGAAAGCCGGCGGCAACGCCAAUAGCGACGGGAAGCCUGCGGCCACUUCGAAGGAAUCCCACGUACUACAAAAGCAGCUGGCCCAGGAGCGUAAGGCCGCGAAGCCCCUGGCCGACGAGCUGGCUCGCACCAAAAAGCUAUGGGAGCGGCUGCGGCGCAAAUCCCACGUGCCUAAGGAGGAGAGGGACACGCUAGUGGAGGAACUCUUUGGGAUCGUCACGGGGCGCAUCAAGGACUUUGUGCUCAAGCACGACGCCGUGCGCGUCGUCCAGACUGCUAUCAAGUACGCGACCCCUGACCGGCGCAAGCAGAUUGCGCGCGAGCUUAAGGGCACAUACGCGCAGCUUGCCGAGAGCCGAUACGCCAAGUUCCUCAUCGGGAAGCUGCUGGUCCAGAACGAGGACGAGAUCCGCGACCUGAUCGUGCCCGAGUUCUACGGAAAGGUCCGUAAGCUCAUCAACCACCCCGAGGCCUCAUGGAUCCUCGACGAUGUCUACCGCGGCGUCGCCACCAAGGAGCAGAAGGCCAUCCUCCUGAGGGAGUGGUACGGCACCGAGUUUGCCCUUUUCGACGCCGCCGCCAAGGACACACAGGUCGAUGCGGACCUCCGCAAGAUCCUCGAGAAGGAGCCGAGCAAAAGGGGACCCAUCAUGAAGCACCUACACAGCAUGAUCAACACCCUGAUCCAGAAGCAGAUGACGGGCUUCACCAUUCUGCACGACGCGAUGCUGCAGUACUUCCUCAGUCUCAAGCUUGAUUCUGAGGAGCAGAAGGAGUUUAUAGAGCUUGUCAAGGGUGACGAAGGCGGCGAUCUACUCAAGAACAUGGCUUUCACCAAGUCUGGCGCCCGGCUCGCCUGUCUGCUGCUGGCCCAUGGCGGCGCCAAGGACAGGAAACAGAUCCUCAAGAUGUACAAGGACACGUUCCAGCUCAUGAGCGGCGACCAGCACGCGCAUACCGUCAUUCUUACCGCAUACGACGUGAUUGAUGACACGGUCCUCACGUCCAAAUCGAUAUUUCCCGAGCUCUUUGGCAAGAGCGAAGACCAAGAGGCCGAGAACGUGGUUGCUGCAGCCAACAACGUCAACGCCAGGACAACCAUCCUCUACCCAUUUGAGGGCCCUCACAAGUCCCUUUUCCCGCCGAGCCACAAGGCCGACCUGGACCUCCUCAAGGAUAUCCACAAGGUCCGCAAAUUUACGAGCAAGAAGGACGCAGAGGUGCGUCGUAAGGAGUUGAUAACAACCAUGUCCCCUCCGCUGCUGAGGGUCAUUGCCUCGUCGGCGAAGGACCUGAUGGCAACCUCGUUUGGAUGCCUGUUGGUCACCGAGGUGCUUUUGUCCGCAAUCGGCGACAAGACUGAGGCGCUCGCCGCGAUUGCGUCUACUGCCGAGGGUGACCCGAACCAGGAGCGGGAGUCGACGGAGGAGCACGCAUCGGCAACGCCGCACCCCGCACAAGACCCAUUCGCGGCGAGGAUGCUCAAAACGCUCGUUUCGGGAGGUCACUUUGACAAGGCUCUGGGCAAGGUCAAACUAGUCAACCCGCCACUCAACUUUGCCGAUACGCUAUAUGAAGUCAUCAAGAAGCAUGUUGUGGCAUGGGCCACCGGCCCGGGCUCGUUUGUGCCGCUGGCACUAUUAGAGGCCGAGGGCUUCUCGCAUGUGGCGGAGCUGACCAAGACGUUGCGCAAGAAGAAGGCGCUGCUGGAGAAGGCGGCGGUCGAGGAGACGGCGGAGCAGAAGGCCAAGAGGGAAGCGCUGGCGGUAGAAGCGGGGUCGGAUGAGGUGGCCCAGGCAAAGAGCAGGAGAAAGAAGGGCGGCAAGAAGGGGCUGGCGGAACAGGAGCGCGUGUUGGUGGGUAAUGCGGGCGCAAAGCUGCUGCUGGAGAAACUGUAAAUAAUCCGAUUGACUCUUUGCUUGCAUUUACUUGGAUGGGAAAAUUACACAGCUUCUUCGUUUCAGUGAAGAUGGUUAUGCCGCA